GCUGCAGCUGCUCGCUUUCCACCACCUUCCACAUCCUUGCAAUCGGCCUUUCCCCCACGACCGUCCUCUGCGGCUGCCUAAGCAGUGGGUCCAAUCACGACGCUAACACUGGAGCUGUAAAAAUAACAAUCGGGGCUCCGGUUUAAAGCACCGCAGAAAGCUGACCAGCCCUCCCCAGUGUGAUCUGUUGCAACUCUUUCUGAAACAUCUCAGUUUCGGAGAAAGUGCAAUCGGAUAGUCCAGACACCACUGCCGCAGCCGCCAUCCAAAACGAAUCUCCCAAAUCGAAGCAAAAUGGUGCAAAAUAAAAUCACCGAAGUCACUGGAUUCCAUCGCUCUUUUAAGGGCCAAAAUCCUUUUGCGACCGAUGGCUUCACCCAAAAUGGAUCUCAUCUUAUUGAUUCAUCAUUUGAUUUUGAUUCCUCCUCAAGGCAUGACAUACCUUCCAGCCAGCCCAUAGACAUCCCAGAUGCCAAGAAGAGGAACAAGAAGAAGAAGCGUUGCAGGGCAACAGACAGUUUCUCUGGACGAUUUGAAGAUGUGUACAGACUGCAGGAUGAAGUACUGGGAGAGGGUGCCUAUGCCAGGGUGCAAACGUGCAUCAACCUUAUCACCAACAAAGAGUAUGCUGUCAAGAUAAUUGAAAAAAUCCCAGGCCACAGCCGCAGCCGAGUCUUUCGCGAGGUCGAAAUGCUCUACCAGUGCCAGGGCCACAGUAACAUCCUGGAAUUGGUGGAGUUCUUUGAAGAGGAAGACAAGUUCUAUCUUGUGUUUGAAAAGCUCCGAGGAGGGUCCAUUUUGGCACACAUUCACAAAAGGCAGCACUUCAGUGAGCAGGAAGCAAGAGUUGUUGUGCAGGACAUUGCUAGUGCGUUGGACUUCCUGCAUAACAAAGGAAUGGCACACAGAGACCUCAAACCCGAAAACAUCCUCUGUGAAAGUGCAGACAAGAUUUCCCCAGUCAAGAUUUGUGACUUCGACCUGGGCAGCGGAAUCAAACUGAACAGUGACAGCUCACCCAUCUCCACUCCUGAGCUCCUCACGCCUUGCGGCUCGGCAGAGUACAUGGCGCCCGAGGUGGUGGAGGCCUUCAGCGAGGAGGCGACUAUUUAUGACAAACGUUGCGACCUCUGGAGCCUGGGAGUUAUCUUGUACAUCAUGCUGAGUGGUUAUCCACCCUUUGUGGGCCACUGUGGGGGUGACUGUGGUUGGGAAUUGGGUGAACCCUGCCACAGAUGCCAGAACACACUGUUUGAAAGUAUUCAGGAAGGAAAGUAUGAGUUUCCUGACAAAGAAUGGGCUCAUAUCACCUCAAGUGCCAAAGACCUUAUAUCCAGACUACUGGUUCGGGAUGCCAAAAAUCGCCUUAGCGCUAGCCAGGUGCUGCAGCACCCCUGGGUGCAGGGGGGUGCGUCUGACAAUUUGCCUACUCCAGUUUUUCAUCAGAGAAACAGCAAUGCGAGGGAUCUGACCUUCUUUGCGGACAAGGCCAUGGCUGUGAAUCGGCAGCUGGCCGAACGGGACGGCAUGGAGGAGCAGAAUCAGCUGGAGACCCCCUUUGUGGUCACCGCUGCCGGUGGCUCUUCCGUGCGCCUCUCUCCUCCUUCCAACUCGCAGCUGGCCAGGCGAAGGCAGCGCGGCAGCCAGCCCAAGAGCGGCCCCGUUUCUGCCGCCGAGCUGCGUCAGCUCUUGGCCCCUCUUGUUAUUGUGGGGGACUGUGCCUAAACUUUCCUCCACGUUGACCUCAGACCUCCCGCGAAGACCUGCUCCUCCUCCUCCUCUCCCUGCCUGUCUUUGACUCUAGCUGGCCUCGGUCCCCUCGCCAUUCAGGCUCUUUCUGCCUCGCUGUAAGGGGGAGACCGCAGCCCUUCUUGUAAAAUGCCUUUUGACCUUCGGCAGCACUUCUGAAGCACAUCAGCCUGGAGAUGUCUCUGUUUUUGGGGAGGGAGGUUAACUGUUUUCUAAUUUAAUAAACCCCCUCCUUUCAACACUUAAGUUUUAAACUAAGCUCCGACACCAAAGGACAAUCUUUCAUGCUGCUCCCCCCCCCCCCCACGUUACAACUGGAUCCACUGUGAAUUAAGUUGUUUGGAAUGUUCUCUUUGACUGUAUGUAUCCGCCGCACCAAUGGUCAGUCUGCACAUACAUACAUACAAGCUUAUGCAAUAUGCCAAGAUGAAGGUGUACAGAGGGGUGCUGGAAGAGCUGCAAGCUAAUGCUGUCUGUGCCUGGUGGUUAUUGUGUGGCCAGGGAGUCGCUCGCAAAAGCUACAGUAUUUAUUUUCCUUUUGUUCGCCACUCAAAAGCAAAAUGAGAGUUUUGCAAAUAAAUUUGGUUUGGCGGCUACGCAAUUAAAGCUCCAAGAGCAGAGAAUGUUCGUACACUGCCAGCCAUGAUGUAUAAGUUGCCGUAUUGUCGGUAACGCAGAUCUAAAGUACGUAUUACUAUUUGGUCGACUAGAGCAGUGUCUGGUAUGUUGCUUUGCUCGGAAUGAUCACAGUAAGAUUAUUAUUUUUUUUCCUUCAUCAAGGAUUUGGGUCCCAUGGCCACACCCGGCGUAUAUGGUGUUUCAUUUUUGUAUUUUUUUUUUUGUAUUUUUUUUUUUUUUUUUUUUUAUAUGCCAUCAAUGUGUGCAUCAGUGCUGACUUUCAUCGUUUUGGCACUGAAGGUUAGAAUUCUCUCUUUCAGGGUUUGAAAAGCACAUUUUGGCCAAUGUGACCUCAUUUAAUUGAAUACACUUAUUUGAACCUUCAGCAUUUUUAAUGCUUUGUCUUUUAUUGAGAUGUUGAUUUCCAAUUAACAUAAUUGAAAACAGUUCCCCCUCCCAAAAAAACAUCUAAAAACAAAAAAAAAAAAAAAACAUUCCGGAAAAAAUAACAAAAAAAAGUCUUCCAGAAAUGUGUAGCGGUAUUAUGUUUACCUUAUUUUUUUUUCCCAUGUUAAAAACUCCAUGUGAAUGUGCCGCUUUUUUUUGUCUUUAAUUUUUGUAUGGCUUUUUUUUAUUAUAAUUUUGUACUUGGUGAUUGUCAUGGAGGUGCGGUUGAGUCCAGGUGAAUCACCGGCUGGUUUCCUAAGUUUGUUUAAUGUACGUUAAGUUGCGAGUGUGCAAGUCGGCAGAAGUUUGAGUUGAGCUGGAGCGUUCUUGCCCAGACAGUAUUUGUUUCACGAGUUGGCAAUAAUUGUUUUAAUUCUCGAAAGAAGUCAAAAGUUAAUUGUGAGUGUGAUAGACAGUGAUAAAAGCGACGAAGUCCGUUUCACUAAAGAGGAUUCAAGUCAUGACCUGGCACAUUGGAAGGUGUCCCAACCGAACAGACGGCCAUCCACUGGCAAUGGUACUCGAAAAGUGGUUACCUUCUUGCUAAAGGAUCCACUCUGCUGAUAACAGGAUGCUGAAAUAGCUUUCCAAAUCACCUCCAGAUUCAUCAUGGGAUUUUAUGUCUUAUAAUAAGACUUGAAUUUGUAUAUUCACUUCUCUAUUUGGGAACCUACUUUGCUAAAUUGAACUGCAUUAAGCUGAUGAUUAAGGCAAUCUUUUGGGGGUUUUAAAACGCCAGAUACAGUUCAGUAUUUUUUUUUUCUCUUGUCCCCUUCAAACAUCACAAGGUUUUGGACUGGAUUUGAUAUUUACAAUCAAAAUACGCACACAAUACUCAAUCAUGACUGGUGUAAGAGUUCUUGGUCAUGAUCGUUUCUACUUUUUGGUGAAAUGGCAGUUUUAAAACUGUCUCGGGGGGAGAAAGUUUGAUUGUUAGCCUCUCACUUUUUAUGUUUGUCAUUUUGACGUACAGGAGUGUUUUAAGUCAUUCAUUAGAACAGUAUCAACCCUUCCUGUAAUUUGCAGUUCACAGGCAAAAAAAGCCAGCAAUACUUAUAGCAGCCUUCCUAAUUGAACUCAAGUGUGAGGUCAACAAUUCUGCUGUAGCAGAAGGACAGUCCUUAAAAUGAGGCUUGAGAGCCAAUGCUUGAUUUUUAGCACCAUCUCUACGCGCGUUGGGGAAGAAGUUUGGACUAAAUUCAUCCU